AUGGAUCGCCUUCGCGUCUUGAAAAGGAUAGGAGGUGGGAGUAUUGGGAGCUUUCGUCCUUUCUUUCAGGAGAUCCUUACGGACCUGGACCUAUGGAAGAGUUCUCUUCUGUUCUUGCCUAAGGAGGUCGGGCUCUGGAAGGCUCGGUACUAUUCUUCUUACGCAAAUACCACAUUUAAGGAUUUGCUGCUAGUUACUAAUACCGUUGCGACGGAGCCUAAAGCCGGACUACGUGAACUAGCUCGAAAUGCCCCAAAGGCUCAUUUCACCCCCUCAGCAUGUCUUGAGAAAAGGACCUAA